CCAUGUUUAUCUUUUUGCUUUUAGUUCUAACUCAAUAUUAUUUACCAAGAAUUUUAGUCUUUCUCCGAACAAAACCCCUAGACUCGAAAGAAGGCCAUAACAAUAUUCUAUACAGUAAGGAAACAGCAGCAUUUGUAGAUGUUUGUUUGUUAUUAAAGGCCAGUUUCCUGUGGUUUUCAUCAGAACUGAAACUGAAACCUAAGCCUGAGUCUGCUCUGUUUAGUUGCGCUGGAAAAAGAAAGUUAAUCUGUAGCUGUAGGAAGGAGUGGCUUCUUCCAGCGUCAGCAACCUCUCUAUAAAUCUCCAAAGCGCUUCUAGAUUUGCACACAUGACUGAGAGAGCCUGACAGAUCCAGGAAUAUCCUCACAUCUCCAACCACGGGAAAGAUGAUAUGAAGAGAUGUAAUCUAAACCAUGGCUUUAGCAAAGAACCACUAUAAACUUCAAGCAUUACUACAGACGUACACACUGUGUGUGAGAUGCGGGAGGUGCUGUAAUAAACACAAUAAAAUUUCAUACUCCCUCAACAAUAUCAAGCACAGCUGCUCAGAAAACAUUGUACUGAUCAGACGGAAACAAGACGGCUCAUACUGGAGGCCUGUUGCACCCUUGCCAAACUUCCCCAGACCAAAGAAGUAUGUUGCUUGCUGGUACUACACUAAAGAUCGUGGAUGCACAAGGCAUGGAAAUAAUUGUCAAUUUGCGAGCAGCUCGGAGGAAGCAGACUUGUGGAAUGUCAUGAAAGAUGAAAAACUGACCAUUCCUCAGAUUGUGAAUGCGAUCAAACAAAACCAAAGGACACCGCAGAUAACAUUUCAGGAGAAACGAGGACCGCAUGACUGCACGUUAUGUCAGGUCCACUUCCCAACGGACGAGGACUUCAUGAACCACUGUUUCACCGUAAAGCACAGAAGACGGAUCUUUGAAGAUGGCAAUAAGACCUGGAAGCACCGCGAGCCGCCACCAACACACAAGGACCUGAAACUGUGUGAAAGAUCCCUGAUAUGUGAGUAUGGAGAUAACUGCACAAAGGCGCACAGUCAAGAGGAACUUCAAGAAUGGCAAACAAGAGUCAGAGCUGUACGAAAUAAAGCCCGAGAUGCAGCCAGUCAGGGUCUACUCUCCUACCAGGACAAUCUGCUGGACGAAUACAGGCACAGCAAAGACAAGAAGAUGAUUAUGACUGACACCAUUCCUGAUGUGUUCAUCACCUGUGACCGAGAUUUAGAUGCUGUCUAUGUAAGGAAAAGGGGAAUACAGUGUACAUGGAAUUUUACCAUCAUAUCUAAGGAGCCUCUUGAAGUUAUUGCUUUACUCAGGCGGGAACAGGGGGCAAAAUUCAGCCUCAGCAAAAAACCAGAUGAGGAACGGUCGUAUUCCACGAGCGCUUGGUUUGAAAAGAGGACAGAGCAAACUGGGCAUGAAAUCCCAGUGUCAUUCAGAUCUGACCAGCCUGGCCUGUAUGAGCAGUGGGUAGUGUUUGACUUCAAUACGAGACCUGUACUUCGACAAAAACUAAAGGUCAGAGUUGGAGAGGAUGAUUGUCAGGCAGCUCCAGCACCGGAGGCACUAUUAGAAAACCCAGAAGCUGCCUGCAAUCUUGAGCCUUGGAAUGAGGAAAGCAUGACAAUCAUUCCUUUUGUUGAAACAGAAAAAGCACAGAGAGACCUACUAAACAGAUACCAACUCAUCAUGAUGAACCAGCAGAUGAACGGUUUGAUUAACCGUGAGAAUUAUAAAUGGAGCAUGCACAAUUUUUUAUACCAGGAGGAGAAGGUAGUCGGUGAACUGCUUUCCAGAUUAAGUCUACGAGGGACUGUGCAGCUGAAAAAUGAGUUGUCUGAUGACAGGUUUGGAAUGAAAUGGGCUCACCCGGGUGAACUUUUUGCUGCUGUGCCUCUGUCUCAGCCACUCACACCUGAUGCUCCUCAAGGUUUCAUUGUGAAAAGACAUGCCAUCAGAUCUCUUGUUCGUGUUGUGAAGAACAAUGAAUAUUGUGGGCCUAUUUAUGAAGCUGAGUUUCUGAAAGAUGCUGCCUCCGAGACACAAGUACAUCUCCAGCUUUCCAAACGCUGCUGUGCUGCCCUUAACCUGCAGAAUGGAGAGGAAUAUGAGAUGGAGGUCCAGUUUCAAGUCAAUCGUCUGUGGUUCUGCGAGAUGCACAAGGCAAUUGAUGAUCUCCCGAGGAUGGACAAAGUGUUGCCUGAUCUGAAAAAUGCUCACCUCAGUAUUUCUUUCCAGUCAGAUGAAGGAGAGUUCAAUGAGAAGCAGCAAGCAGCAAUGGACUUUGUCUUGGGUGUGUCAGACAACAGAAGCAGCAUCCCACCCUUGUUGAUUUAUGGACCUUUUGGGACUGGCAAAACUCGAACCCUUGCAAAGAUGGCACAGGCCCUUGUACAGCAGCCACACAACAAAAUCUUAAUUUGCACACACACAAACAGUUCUGCUGAUCUUUAUAUAAAAGCUCAUUUCCACGAAUAUGUAAGGAAUGGCCAGCUUCACGCCAGACCUCUGCGAAUAAAGGCAAUGGAAAUAAAGCUCGCAUCCACCGAUUUCAUCACUCUACAGUACUGCCAUUUAUCAAGAGAAGCCAAUUGCUUUGAGUUUCCUGAUAAAGCAGUUUUAGAUUCCACAAGAAUCGUCAUAACAACAACAUCUCUGGCUCGUUUCUUCAACGACAUGAAGCUUCCUGAAAACUACUUCAGCCAUAUUCUGAUUGAUGAAGCGUCUCAGAUGUUGGAGUGUGAGGCUCUUAUGGCACUUAGCUUAGCGGGUAACAAUACACGUGUGGUUUUAGCAGGAGAUCACAUGCAGAUGGGACCCAAGCUGUUCUCUGUGAGGCCAGACAAAUGUUCUGAGCACACCCUGCUCAAUCGCCUCUUCUAUCACUACCAAGCCGAAAACAGCGAUGUGGCCAAACAAAGCCGGAUCAUUUUCAAUGAAAACUACCGCUCCACAAAAGACAUUGUGGAUUUUGUAUCAACACAUUUUUAUGUUGGAAGGAGUGAUGUGAUCAAGGCUAGAGGAAAUGUGCCGUCUCAUCCCCAACAACAUGCUUUGCAGUUUCAUCAUGUAAGAGGAGAAUGCUGUCUGGACCCAAUGAGCAUGUCCUGGUUCAAUGCAGAACAAAUUGUAAGAGUCGUUCACAUUCUGCAAGAAAUAAUGAAGGAAUGGCCUCAAGAGUGGGGUGCUGCAGAUCCAGAAUCAGUCUGUGUCCUAUCUCAAGGCAGACAGGUGUUGGAAAUCAGGUAUAGACUGCGUUUGCUUGGACUGCCUCGUUUCACUGUAGAGAAUGCUGAAAAUGUGCAAGGAAAGCAGUUCAGAGUAAUUGUGAUUUCCACUGUGCACACCAAGGACAGCCUAUUGGAGACGGACAGGACCUGUCUUGAGUUUUUCAAUGACAUGCGAGUCCUGAACACCAUCAUGACAAGAGCCCAAUCACAAAUAUUUGUUGUUGGAGAUGCCGCUGCACUUUCAUGCCAUCAGUUCGGUAUGUGCUGGAGACUUUGGAGAGCAUACAUAGAGGAAUGCAUCAACAAGGAAAGUUGCCACGACCUUACUCUGGAUUCUUUAAAGCAAGAUCUCCUGGAGAUUUCUAAACUCUGCAGGAGCGAGGAUGAAGAGAACAGCGAUAGUGAAUCAACUACAUCUGAACUACCGGACACUGAAGACCUAAUACUUCAAGAGCUUCUUGAUGAGAGCAAAGAAAUCAAUGUUGCUUUGACAGAGGAAGGAUUAUUUCCAGUUUUUCAAAAUCAGGAAGCAUUCAGUAGUGCAAAUAACCAAGUUGCAGAAGUAUAUUAUGAAGAGCCUAUGUUUACUAGCUCUACUGUCCACAAACAGUGUGAGAUAGUCAAAGAAGGUUAUGACAGAGGAUAUGCAAAGCCACUUGACGAGUCCACUCUGAGAAUAGACAUCAAGGGUAGAGCGAACAUCGGAAGGGCAUUCCCUGGAGAUAAAGUAACGGUGGAGAUCCUGAGUGCAACAUCCCAUCCUCCAAUGGGAAGAGUGAUCAACAUCCUUGAAAGUGCAGAUACUGUCAAGGAAUUUGUCUGCGCACUUGAAAGACAUGACAAUCAAGUAAUGACGCCUAUAAACAAAUGCAUCACCAAGAUCUUCACACCCUUUUGGAAAGACAAACCAAACCACAUUGCUGUAAGGAAUCCUGAGAGCCUCAAAGUAGAGAAGUUUAUCAAAAUCAACGAAGAAGCUCACAGGAAAUCUCUCUUUAUUGUCAAAGUCCUUAGUUGGAGAAACGUUUUCAGAUAUCCUUUGGGGAUUGUCGUAGGUGUGCUUCCUAAAAUAGCAACUUUAGAUGAUGGAUUGCAUGUACUCAGCAUUGAGUACCAGUUGAGAAGGACACUUUCCUCAUCUCUGAGAAAGCAGAUGCAAUACUUACAACGUCUUGAUAUUUUCGAAAAAGGACGAAGAGAUUUUCGCAUGCUCCCAACCUUCACAGUUGAUCCCGCACAUUCGCAAGAUCUCGAUGAUGCAAUAAGUUUGCAGGAUUUUGGUGAGUACCUUGAAAUAGGAGUUCACAUUUCUGAUGUUGCAAGCUUUGUGGCUAAAGAUAGCGAACUGGACAAAUUUGCCAGACAGCUGUGUACUACAUUCUACCCUCGUGAGAAGGAGCCAAUAUACAUGUUUCCCAAAGAACUGAGCACCAAUUUGUUAAGUUUAAUCCCUAACCAGGACAGACGAGCAAUCUCAUUGAUUAUAGAAGUGGAUGCACAGACUAAUCGCAUAAAGAGAAGAUUUAUCUGCAAGUCUGUGAUUCACUCCAACAGGAAAUUUUCCUACGAUGAAGUUGAGGACAUUCUUGAAAAUGGUGAGCCGCUUUCCGACCUGCUUGAAAUCUGUCUUGUAAAAGUGUCGAACUUUGCUGAGGUUCACCGAAGAUACAGAAAGCAGGAUGACUGGUGCUACAAGAUGCCAGAUGAGGAUGUGACCCUUGGAAGAAGGAGAUCUCACCAAAUGGUGGAAGAGCUGAUGGUCAUGUUUAACCACAUGGUUGCCGAACGUCUUUUAUCUGAUGGUGCAACAAGAAGCAAAACUCCAUUGAGAUGCCAGGACAGGCCUCAAACAGACAAACUCAUUGAGAUUUUUGACAAAAACGCAGCCUUGAUUCCGCUGUCUGUUCACUUCUCAAGUCAAGCUCAUGAACUGAAUAAGCAAGGUUUGAUCCAGCACAACCCUCAGACUGACUCAGACACGUUCCCUGUGUUAAAAUCAAUCCUCAGAUGCCUGAAGUCAGCAGCAGAGCAGGAAAACAUCUACAAAAUAAUUGACUUUGUUGCAACUGAUGACAUUCAUCCUCAGCUUCUGCCUUUUGCUGUUGCAUUUAGGCGGUUGUUUCACAAGGCGUGCAUUCAGCGCUCAAACUCAACGCAUGUCUCAAGAAUAGGGCACUAUGAUUUAGAUCUUGACAGCUAUACAUGGGCCUCAUCUCCAGUUCGCCGAUACUUAGAUGUAAUUGUGCAGCGCCUUCUUCAUUCUGUGAUUGACAAGACAGAUGUUAAGUACACAACUCUAGACAUUAACCUGUCUUGUUUGGAAUUCUCCAGGAAAAAUGAUCAACAGUCGGCCUAUGAGAGGAAGGCAAAUGCUCUGCAUUUCGCAUUAAAACUGUCAAGCCAAAGUGAAAGGAAGGUGGCUUAUAUUGUGGAGCUCAAUCCAUUAGGGACAAACUUCAAAGUGUCCUUUCCACUUAACAGAUCCUCUAUAUCAGAAAACUUAGACAUUAUGAGCAGGGAUCUUCUGCUGGCUGUUCAGCCAGAGUUUGAUGUAACAAACAACAGCAUGAUCCUGAAAUGGGAGCGAAGGAUAUAUUCAUUCUCCAAUUCUCACAUCCAUGCUGAAGUGAAGCAACAAAACCCAAACUCAGUUAUGGCCUAUGUCCCUGCAAAGACCUGGAAAUGCAUUGCAGAUGCUAUCAGAGAACAAAACUGGAAUGCCAUUUUUCCUCUUAUUGAGGAACUUCAACGCAACUCUGGCAUCAAUGCAAGACAAUUUCACGAAACACUGAGUGCUUCAAAAUGCACGAAAAAUUAUGACCCCUUGCAUGCUGAGCAUUAUGCUGAACUGUAUCUGAGAAUUAAGCAAGGUGAGGCGGUCGAAGUGCAGCUUGGUGCAUCCACAGCUCGUGGUUUAAUGACUCCAUCGAUUCAGCUGUUUGUUGUGCAUCCAAAGUUUGAGAUUUGCGUGGAGCAUGUAAGAGAUCCAGUCAAGUGUUUUUCUGAAUACGCACUAAGCUCAUCAAGGAGUUCAUACAACUUGUACAAGGAUUAUCAGGCAAUAUGGAGACCUAUGUGCGAGAUGGAGUCAGCCUCCAGCGCUGUGGCUGAAAAUGAGAGCAUUCUUAUUGUAGAUGUGCCCUUGAAAUGGGAAAACUCCAAUCCGAAGAGGCUACAGGGGUUUUUUCUGCUCCCGCUUGACAAGAAAUCUCAGUGGUCAAUAGACUGUGAUCUCAGAAACAGCUUCCUAUGCAUUCGAACGAGGAUUCAGAAACAGAGUAGCCCAUUUCUGGAGAGCGCUCAGAACACAGCGCUCAUGGAUAUUCCUUCUUUCACUUGGGUAGUUCAUGGUGUGAUUACAGAAGCUGAAGAAACAGAGUCCAAAGAAUCAACGAAUCAAGAACCAAAGAGUUUGCGAAUUGAUUUUCUGAUUAAUCACAUGCCCAUGACAAACAUUCCAGAACAAAUAUUCCACGAGAGGACGAGAUUUACGCUGGAGCUGAUUCCAAAGCUUCUGCCAGACGUGCGCAAAGAAAAUGCAAUUGACAGUCUAACCAAAGCCAACCAGCUUGUAAAAAACAUUGCCAUGGGCAGGAGAAUCACUUCGGACAGAGGAUGUAAAAUACCAAAUCAGAAUACAGGCAGGUUUGAGAUCAACAGUUAUCAUCCUUCUGGGUUAUCCCAUCUAAACAACAGCCAAAGUAAAGCAAUAAGAGAAGCACUGACUAACCCAUUCACACUUAUCCAAGGACCACCGGGGACUGGAAAAACUGUUGUUGGUGUCCAUAUUUUGUACUGGCUGCACAAGAAUAUCCAACAGCUCCAAGCUUCUGGUUCAAAGAAGAGAGCUAUUCUGUACUGUGGCCCGUCAAAUAAAUCUGUUGAUGUUGUUGCAGGUCAUCUCCUACAUCUCCGAGACCAUCUUAAACCUCUCCGGGUCUACAGUGAUCAGAUGGAGAUGUUGGAGUUUCCGUACCCAGGCUGCAAUCUGAAGCUGUCGCGUAACUCUAAAAGAGGAGAAAAACCCAACACUGAGCUCAGUUCCAUUGCCUUACACCAUCUGAUUCGAAAGGAGGGCAACCCAUUCUCCACACAAAUACGUGCUUUUGAUAUGAAAGUCCAAAGAGGAGAUCAACUCACUGAUGAAGAAAGAAAACUCUUCAGAGAAAUCCUCAAAAAGGCUCGAAAGCAUGAAUUAUUGCACCAUGACGUAAUCUUAUGCACGUGCACCGCAGCUUCACAUCCAGCACUGGCGGAAACCCUUGACUUUAAGCAGAUCAUCAUUGAUGAAUGUGCCAUGGCCACUGAACCUGAAGCCUUUAUUCCUCUCGUGGCUCAUAAACCUGAGCAGAUUGUCCUUCUUGGCGAUCACAAACAGCUUCAACCAGUGGUCCACUGCGAGGUGGCGGAGCGAUUAGGAAUGAGCAGAUCUCUUUUUGAACGUUACAUGGAGAACGCACUCAUGCUUGACACCCAGUACAGAAUGCAAGAAGACAUUUGUGCAUUUCCAUCUAAUGAGUUCUAUGGGGGGAGAUUACAAACUGGAAUACCAGCCAAAUCAAAACUAUUCCUUACUCAAACAAAGCAAACCUGCAUCGUUUUUGGUCAUGUUGAAGGAAAGGAGAAAAGUCUGGUGGUUCGAACUGAACAAGGCAAUGAAAACUCAAAGGCAAAUAUGGAAGAGGCAGAGGAAGUGGUGCGGGUCGCCAUUCUUUUGACUGAGGCUGGGAUCAAGACAAAGGACAUUGCCAUUCUCACACCAUAUAAUGCUCAAGUGGCCAAAAUUAGUGAGUCUCUGCAUAAUAACCAUAUACGAGACAUCACCGUCAACACCAUCAUGAGGAGUCAAGGUAGUGAAUGGAGGUACGUCAUCAUGUCAACAGUGCGCUCUUGUCCCAAGUCUGAAAUAGAGACACAACCACCCAAAUCCUGGAUUAUGAAGCGGCUUGGAUUCAUCACCGACCCUCAUCAAGUAAACGUUGGCAUUACCAGAGCACAAGAAGGGCUGUGCAUCAUCGGAAAUGAGAACUUGCUGCGCUGUAGUUCCUUAUGGAGGAAACUUCUGAAUCAUUAUCAGGAGAAAGGAUGUGUGGUGAAUCCUGCCCGGCUCAUCCAAGUCCGACAACCCCCAAGAAGAACUGCUAGAAGAUGAUGUGCAUGAUGAAUACGCACUCAUAUUAAGUCAUUAUUAUUAUAGCACAAUUUUCAAAGCAAGCAUUUGCACCUAUCAGGUAUGUUCAUAAGCUAUUAGGUUAUGAAUAUCAUGAAAUGACCACUGAUGGCACUUUAUAUAUUAAUCUUCAUUACAUUCUGUUGAUUGUUGUACCUUUUUUAAAUGAGCUUAUAUUUAUCUCUCUGUUUUAUGUCUUAAUCUUUAUAAUAUUUCAAGUUUGCACAGCUUAAAGGCAAAAAAGACAUUCCAUUUGUUUAAAAAAAUAUUAAUAAUUCUGUAUAUAAAAGAUAAACGUGAGGAUAAAGUGAGAUUUCUCCACAUGUUACUAUGAAAUGAGUUUUACUGUGACAGCACUACUGUAUUAUGGCUGUAAUCUAUUCCUGCAAUGUUAAUAUUUGACCACCCAGUGGUGCUGUACUUGCUUUUAAAGCACAGCCUGAAGUGUUAAGUAGCUUUAAAUAUGACCUGUAUUUGGAUUCUGUGAAUGUAGAGAUGUUGUUGAAUAAUUUGUACCAAAUUUUUUUACCAUGCAUUUCUUCUCUGUGCUGUAUACAGUUGAAGUCAGAAUUAUUCACCCCCCUUUGAAUUUAUUUUUCUUUUUAAAAUAUUUCCCAAAUGAUGUUUGACAGA